CUGUGCCUCUCUGUCUUUCUCUCACCGUAAACGCGCUCUCCCUCUUAUAAACAUUUUUUAAAAAUCUCUCUCUUCACAUGAACACAUUGCUGGUUUCUUCGGAGACGACGAGGUGAUCUGGUGGCAGAGAUUUACACCGCUCAAGGAAUUCUAUGUUCCUUGAGCUGUGUUCUCUGAUUUUCUGUUGAUAGAAACCAUUUCAAUGUCAUUUGAAUUAGUUUUGUGUUUGAACACAUGCCCAAUUAGCUUCUAGAGAUUUCUCUUAACACCCAGAUCUUAGAUUCCUAUAUACAUUUUCCCUGGAAAGUGGAAGAAAAUCUGUGGGGUUUGAUCUAAAAUACUACCCAUCUUUUCUUAAGGGAAUUAGAUUGUUUGAACUAGCUCAAUUGUUUGAAUUCAUCUAUUUCAAUCUAACUCCUUUGUUUGAAAUUCUUCGACAAUGAGUGAAUCAAAACUGAGCAAACCCUUGAUACCAUCAUCUUCGUCGCAGAAGCUUCCUGAUUUCAAGAAAUCUGUCAAAUUGAAGUAUGUUAAACUGGGAUACCAUUACCUCAUUACCCAUGGAAUGUACCUAUGUUUAAGUCCUCUUAUUGUUCUUAUUGCGGCUCAGCUAUCUACAUUUUCCCUCCAAGAUCUGUAUGUUCUUUGGGACCAUCUUCAGUUCAAUCUAAUAUCUGUGAUUCUAUGCUCGACACUUCUGGUGUUCCUAUCCACCCUUUACUUCGUUACUCGUCCUCGCCCAGUUUACCUCGUGAAUUUCUCGUGCUAUAAACCAGAAGAUGCUCGUCAAUGCACGAGGCAGAUUUUCAUGGAGAGGUCGCGUUUGACAGGAUCAUUCAAUGAAGAAAACCUCCAAUUCCAACAGAAGAUUCUAGAAAGGUCUGGUCUUGGUCAGACUACAUACCUCCCUGAUGCUGUUCUAAGAGUACCUCCUAAUCCAUGUAUGGAAGAAGCAAGAAAAGAAGCUGAAGCUGUUAUGUAUGGUGCCAUUGAUGAGCUUUUGGCAAAAACCUCUCUGAAACCAAAAGACAUUGGGAUUUUGGUUGUGAAUUGUAGCUUGUUCAAUCCAACGCCCUCUCUUUCUGCAAUGAUUAUAAACCAUUAUAAGCUUCGAGGGAACAUUGUUAGCUACAAUCUUGGUGGGAUGGGUUGUAGUGCCGGUUUGAUCUCGAUUGAUCUCACUAAAGAUCUUCUUCAAGUUCAUCCCAAUUCGUAUGCUUUGGUAAUCAGCAUGGAAAAUAUUACUUUGAAUUGGUACUUUGGGAAUGAGAGAUCAAUGCUUGUUUCAAAUUGCUUGUUUCGAAUGGGAGGGGCAGCAAUUCUGCUUUCGAACAAAUGGUCUGACUGGCGUCGAUCCAAGUACCAAUUGGUUCACACUGUUCGGACCCACAAGGGUUCUGAUGAUAAAUGCUUUUCAUGUGUUUUUCAAAGGGAGGAUCCAAAUGGAAAGGUUGGAGUCUCGCUGUCAAAGGAUCUGAUGGCAGUCGCUGGAGAUGCUUUGAAGACAAACAUCACCACUUUGGGACCUCUUGUGCUUCCAAUGUCCGAACAGUUGCUCUUCUUUGCCACAUUGGUUGGCAAAAAACUUUUCAGGAUGAAGAUAAAGCCCUAUAUCCCCGAUUUCAAAUUGGCUUUUGAGCAUUUCUGCAUUCAUGCUGGAGGAAGAGCCGUGUUGGACGAAAUAGAGAAAAACUUGCAGCUUUCUGAUUGGAAUAUGGAGCCUUCAAGGAUGACACUAUACCGAUUUGGCAACACUUCAAGCAGUUCUCUUUGGUAUGAAUUGGCAUAUACAGAAGCCAAAGGGAGGGUGAAGAGGGGAGAUAGAAUGUGGCAGAUAGCGUUUGGUUCCGGGUUUAAGUGUAACAGUGCGGUUUGGAAGGCUCUGAGGGCCAUCGAUCCGGCAAAAGAGAAAAACCCAUGGAUGGAUGAGAUUGACCAAUUCCCCGUGGAUGUUCCGAAAGUUGCUGCCAUCUAAAUUCUACUAAUAGUUUCCCAUCCAUUAGAAAUGGGAUUUUGGUAAUUGACUAGAAUCCUGGUCUGGUGUUCUUCAUUUUGGGAUGGACAGCUAACUAGCAAAAGGGUAUUUUUUUUGUCUUUUAAUUCUCUGGUUUUUGGAUCUUUCUAUUUUGCUUUUGCUUCCAGUGUUUGUGGAUGGUUCUCUCUACUUGUUUGGGAUCUAGGAAACUGAUGGGUGUUAAUUUAUGUUUGAUGGUGUAAUCUGGGGCUAGCCCAGGAUUCAUUUUAUUCUUGUGAGAAGCUGAGGGACUUUGAUCUGUGGUGGUCUAGGGAUUUCAUUAGAAUUUGUUUUGAGCUUGGGGCCAAACUAAAGAGGCUGUGCUUCCAAUGUUGACUUUUUUAUGACUUGAAAUUCAUGAGCAUUUGGCUGGGAUUUAUGGCUAUUGAUCUUGAUGCA